AUAAGCACAGACCAAUAACCCACAAACCUCGGCUUAUCAAGCUUCCCCAGAUUUCGAAAAAGCAUCUUCAACCUCCAACUCAACUAUCAAAACACGUGAAGCUCACUCACUCAUUAGCUACCCCUUUACGUGAAGUCAAUGUCUCUAAGACAUUCAUAUUAUACAUCUUCAUUUACACCAGCAUCCAUAUUCGUACAUAAACUCAUCAGACCCAAACAUCUCACACCCGGAACAGUAACGAUAAGACCAAGUUAUAGAUGCUUUCACGGAGCAAGAAUACAUACAUCUAGACAAAACAUAGGAUCUUUUCCACGGCCAAGAAUAGGAAGUAGAAUUAUGGCACCAUCCCCGCCACCAAAAUCCGAUUUGGAAAAACAAUAUAUGUCAUCUACCAGCAAGCCAAAAGCAGACAGUAAAUCUAAAAAACCAAUUGCUGUGCCUCAGCCUAGUUCAAGGUAUAUACUCUCUCUCCGAUCGCAUCCUAUUACAUUACCCUCCGUUCUCAAUAGUCCUUAAUCUACCACUUUCAUUUCAACCCCAAAUUAACCCACUCUUUUACUCUAGUAUCCUCCUCAUCUCACCUCAAAACCAAAUCCUUCUCCUCCACCGAAUUCGAACCUCCAGUGCCUUUCCCUCGGCCCACGUCUUUCCAGGUGGAAACCUUGAUUCCUACCACGAAUCGCCCAUUCCACCCCCUUCAUCUCCUUCGCGGCAUAGAGAUUCCGAAGUUUACAGAAUAGGAGCUAUCCGGGAAUGUUUCGAAGAGUGCGGGAUACUUCUAGCUCGUCCUUCCGGGGACGAUGAAGCACAGAGAAAUGACAAUCAGCGAGAUGAUUUAUUACUAGAAAUCCCAUCGUCGGAGCGCGAAAAAGCCCGCAAAGAAAUACAUUCCAAAAACACAAAAUUUGCUUCAUGGGUCCAAGAAAUAGGCGGGAAAAUCGAUACAACUAAUCUCCUCCCUUUUACCCGCUGGAUUACACCAAGUAAUUUACCAAAAAGAUUCACAACGCAAAUGUAUAUAUAUUUCCUACCUCUAGACGCCGAGACGGGUAUUGGGGGAAAAGAAAAAAUGGUGCAGAUACCAAGAGAUGAUGGAGGAAUCGAACAUACGGCUGCCGAAUUUGGGUAUUGUGAGGAUUGGUUAAAAAAGGCGAGGAGGAAUGAAAUUAUUCUUUUCCCACCGCAAUUUUACUUGAUGAAUCUUUUGGCCUCGUUUUUGAGUAAACCAGGUGAGGGGGAAAAGUUCUCGAGAGGUGAGUUAAAGGGACAGAGGGAAAGGGUUUUGGAAUUUCUAAAGGGAGAUGGAGGAGAUGGGACGGGAGUAGAAUGGGGUGAAAAAGUGAUGAGUCCGAUUGGAAUGGGGAUGAGAAGGAGUGAUGGAGAGUGAUUUGGGGUUGGAUAAACAGGGCCGGAAUUGGAGGGGGGAGAAUGGAGAUGGGAUGAAA